GCCAUCUUUUCUCUUUUUUAUUAUCAAAUUAUUGAAUAUGGCUUCUUCCAAAGUAACAAAGAAAGUAACCAAGUCUUCCAAGAAGCAAGAACAGAAGCCUGUUGCUAAGAAGGUUGAAGAGUCCUCUGCUAGCAGCGAAAGCAGCAGCAGUGAAAGUGAAGCCAGCAGCUCUUCCGAUGAAUCUGAGCAAGAGCAAGAAAAAGAGCAAUCAGAAGCCUCUGAAUCCUCUUCAGAGUCUUCCUCUUCCUCUUCUGAAUCAGAAUCUGAAGAUGAAGCUGAAGAAAAAGAUCAAGAGUCCAAGGAAGAAAGCUCUGAGUCAUCUGAUGAAUCUUCAGAUGAAUCAAGCAGUGAAGAAGACAAGAUGGAAGAAGAGCCAAAGGAAGAAUCCAAGGGUAAGAAGAGAAAGGCCGAAGAAGCUGAAGCUCCUGCUGCCAAAGCUGCCAAGAAGGAAAGCUUGUACACUAUCUGGGUUGGUGGAUUGAACUACCAAUCAACUUCUGAAACUGUCAAUGAAUUCUUUAGCCAAUUUGGUGAAGUCAAGGACGUUAGAAUCAGAUUGGAUGAUGAUACCGGAAAGAACCGUGGUUUCUGUCACGUUGACUUUGCUACUCAAGAAGCCAAGGAUGCUGCAUUAAAAGAAACCGAUUUGCAAAUUGAUGGCCGUCGUGUUCGUGUGGACGACGCUGAUGGUUCCAGCCGUCAAAGAGUCAAAAAGGAUGAAAACUACAGCAGCGCCACCAAAAAGGUGUUUGUUGCCAACCUCAACCGUGACCAUGAUGAGCAAACUCAUCGCAAUGCACUUACAGAAGCCUUUAGCAAGUUUGGUACCAUUGUUGGUGACAUCCGUAUGCCCUAUAACAGAGAAUCAGGUCAAUUGAAAGGUAUUGCCUAUGUUGAAUUUGAAACUGUUGAACAAGCAGAGGCUGCUGUAAAGGAAAUGAAUGGUGUUGAACUUAAUGGUCGUCCUCUUCGUACCGAUUUCUCUGGUGAUAACGAUCGUGCCCGUCUCAACUUCAACCGUGGAUCUCAAGGUGAUAGCCGAGGUGGUUUCCGUGGCGGUCGUGGCGGUCGCGGUGGCCGUGGAGGCCGUGGAGGACGCGGAGGUCGUGGUGGUCGUGAUGAUCGUGGUGGCCGUGGUGGUCGUGGUAGUUACACACGCUUCUAAGCCGUGUAACUUCAUGCUUCUUGUAUUUCAUAUCAUGCUUUCUCUUAGAAAUAUCAUGCAAAAUUUCAAUUAGACAACUAUUAUAGUAAUUAUCAUACAAUAAAUUUGAUGUAAAUAUAAAAUAUAUAAAAAAAGAAUUGUCGUAUGAUGUUUAAGUUGCUGAAUUCAAG